AUAGACGUUCAGGACUCGUCCUACAACCAACACAUCCUUACUUCAAUUGUUCACUUAAAAAAUAUCUUUAAAAAUGAUGAAAAUUACUUUGAUCGCCCUGGCCGCUCUCGCGCUGGUCUUCGCCCAGGAGGAUGCGCCCGCGCCACCCGUAGCGGCAGCGCCCGCAGCCGGAACACCCGUCGAGAUCGUCAAACAAGUAGAUGAGGUUGACAUCAAUAAGUACAACUUCGAGUUCGAAACCAGCGACGGAACUUCAAGGCAAGAAUCCGGAGAGUACAAAAACGACACUGAACAGCAGGGCCUAGUAGUCCGAGGCAGCUACAAGUACACUGCUCCCGAUGGCCAGAAGAUCUCAGUCACCUACCUGGCUGACAAGAACGGAUAUCAACCUACUGACGAAAAUGCACCUGCAAAGGAACAGGCACCCGCUGCACCCGCAGCACCCGUUGCACCCGCCGCCCCGGCUCCUGAAGAAUAAACCCCCCGAUGAUAAUACUCCUUGAUAUAAUGUCCUCUACUAUUGCUUGAACCAAAAACAUCGUAUAUUGUAGGAUGUAAUCCUAACUAUGCCAAACUGUAUAUCACUGCCAAAUAAAACCUGCAACUGCCUUAAAUAAAGGUUCGAUACGAA